UAAUGUGGGUGGGCUGAGAACACCACCGACUGUUUAUGAUGGACAAUUUAUUUCCCAGUGCAAAGUCAACAUAACACAGCAAACGUACAACAAUUAUUAACAUUUUGUGGGGCCCUCAUGAGGCCGUGCAGUCAGUCAGCGGUGGAGAGGAGCUCCGGGAGCAGCCGCAGCUUUCCCCGGGACACACUCCGGCGUCAUGACUCUCUACCACAGCCGCCUGCCUUCAAUCGGAGUGCCCUCCCCGGCUCUUGGCCUCACCGGGCCUCCGCUGAUAUACCUGUACGGAGGAGACAGCGGAGGGGUUGUGCCCGCCGGCCUGAGCUUCGUGCCAACCCGUCAAGAGCCUCCGCAGAAGCCUCCCUACAGCUAUAUCGCGCUCAUCGCCAUGGCCAUCAAGAGCGCGCCGGAGCAGCGCGCGACGCUCAGCGGCAUCUACCAGUUCAUCAUGGACCGGUUCCCCUUUUAUCACGACAACAAGCAGGGAUGGCAGAACUCCAUUCGCCACAACUUGUCUUUGAAUGACUGCUUCAUCAAAGUGCCCAGAGAGAAGGGCCGACCCGGUAAGGGCAGCUACUGGACGCUGGACACCAAGUGUCUGGACAUGUUUGAGAACGGGAACUACCGCAGGAGAAAAAGGAAGGCGAGGAGCCAGCAGGAGUCUCUGGACUCCAGAGCAGCUGGACACAAGCGCAAUAAAGGCCCGGGGCCACCCAGGGACCCUCAGUCCUCUCUUAACCCUCAGACCGGCUCUCGGCACGCAGAGGUGCCGUUGAGACAGAAUGCGGAGAGGUUGGAGAAAUCAACAGACGCAAAAACUGUUCUUGUCGACUGUAACCAUUUGGAUAACCCGCAAAGUCCUCCGUCACAUAGACUUAAAGUGUCCCGCAACCCACACAUCCCUGCGUCCACAGGAAGGAGGCCUGACGCCCCCCUGCCCGAGCAAUUUCCCACUCCGGUUUGGGUUGAGAGUGCGCGUCUCCCGGGCGCGUCCCUCCGCAUGGAGCCGGAGGAGAGGAGGUCAGCUUUCAGCUGGAGAGAGAGAGAGAGAGGUCCGCUCUGUGCCGUCAGCCGCGCAGGAAACAAACAUGUGACUGCACCUGCUCAGGACAAGCCGAAAGGAAAUGUCCCACUCAAGGAAAAAUUGAAAUGUUUUAGCAUUGAAAGUAUCUUAUCGAGAAAUGAGGACGGAAUGCGCGACAGCGUCCUCGAUGUAUCAGCGGAGACAUGCGCAGAGCGCCAGACUCCUGCUCUAUGUUCCCCUCUGGUCCUUGAUGCUAGACCGCAUCAGCUGUACCAGAUGGGUUUACCCUUUUGCUCAUAUCUGUCAGUCGCCUACCCCGAAAAAGUCCUACAGUUUAAAUAAAGAAUGAAGGCCUUUAUGUGUAAUUUACGCACAGAUGCGUAAAUGUUAAAAAUCUAUAAUAAAGAUUGCAUGAUGAAUGAUUCUCAGACAAGUUACUGCUUACUCUUUUCAGAAGCUCUGCCUUCUAAGGCAUUACCGGGUUCAUCAAACACUGAAAGACAGCAGCGAGGCUUUUAUUACGCAUGCGUAAUUGUCAGGUUUGUGGUUAUGUUCAUCAUUACUCUUCAGUAACUGUUAGGCUACUCCUUUAAAUUCACGUCAGAGCAAUUUCAUGCUCACAGCAACAAAGUUAUAAAUAUAGGGAUACUGUAUCUUAAAAUAUAGAGAUCGAUUACAUACACAACACUUCUCUCUUUAUCAUCAUGACAAAAACGCUUCUACAGAUUUGCAUAAGUCAGUGGAUGAGAAUAUAUUGUAUUGCAUGAGAUGGAAUGAAACUCUACUUUGUGUUCCACUUUGUCCUGAAUUUCAAGUGUAAAUGAGGAUUAGCAGGCUUUGAUUGUGUGUUGAUUGAGUGUUUUCCGUUUUUCCUUUGUCGUGCAUCCCAGAUUUGGUGGUAAGAAAAACAAAUUCAAAGCAAUGUUUUUCAAAAUGAAGGGCCCCUGUCCCAACAAUUAUUUUUCAUCAGUUAUACAAGUGAGAUGUUUUCUGAUUAAAUUUUAUUGGCUGCUUUGACUUUCUUUUAUGUAGCAUCUUAAAUACAAUAUCCAAACAUGGAACUCAGGGGACAACAUCUUAUCAUGUUUGUGUUUAGGGGUCCAGGAUCUGAGAAAAGUUGAUGAUUUGGUGACUGUACGCAGAUACAAGGAGUAAUUUAUGGAGUUCUGAUUACUUUCUUGCCAUUGUAAAAUAUGAAAUGAAUGAUAAAAAAUCUCUUUUCAAACAUAA